AGAGCCACACCAGGAGUAAAGAAAGUUUCUGAAGAAGGGAUUCAUUUUACCAGGAUGUCUAAGAUAUGGGCCUCUUUUCUUCUGCUCAUACAGUUGUGUUGUUACUUCAGCUGUGGGUCCUGUGGGAAAGUGCUUGUGUGGCCGAUGGAAUACAGUCAUUGGAUCAACUUAAAGACGAUACUGGAUGAACUUACUCAGAGAGGUCAUGAAGUGACUGUGCUGGCGUCUUCAGCGUCCAUCCUCGUGGAUCCCAGCAAACCAUCCGUAAUUAACUUCGAGGUUUAUCCUACGUCCUUUACAAAGGAUGACUUAGAUCUCCGCUUCAUGAAACUGAUUAAAUUGUGGGCAUAUGAGUUACCAAGGAGUACACUGUGGGCAUAUGAUUCAAAGAUGCAAAAGUCAUAUUAUGACUAUUCUGACAUUGUUCUCAAGCUUUGUCAGGAUGCAGUUUUGAACAAGAAACUUAUAAAGAAACUGAAAGACUCCAAAUUUGAUGUUGUUGUCGGAGAUGCCAUUUCUCCUUGUGGUGAGCUGCUGUCUGAGCUGCUAAACCUACCUCUGGUCUACAGUCUUCGAUUUACUGCCGGCAAUACAUAUGAAAGACUUUGUGGAGGGCUAUUACUACCUCCUUCUUAUGCACCUGUUAUUUUAUCAGAACUUAGUGACAAAAUGACAUUUAUGGAGAGGGUGACAAAUAUGUUGUAUUACCUGCAUUUCAACUAUGCAUUUGAGACCUUUGACAAGAAGAAGUGGGAUCAAUUUUACAGUGAAGUAUUAGGAAGACCCACUUCGUUGUGUGAAUUGAUGGGGAAAGCUGACAUAUGGUUGAUGCGAACAUAUUGGGAUUAUGAAUUUCCUCACCCACUUUUACCAAAUUUUGAAUAUGUUGGAGGACUACACUGCAAACCUGCCAAACCCCUGCCUAAGGAAAUGGAAGAAUUUGUCCAGAGCUCUGGAGAAAAUGGUGUUGUGGUGUUUAGUUUGGGGUCAAUGGUCUACACCCUUCCAGAAGAAAGGGCUAACAUGAUUGCAUCAGUCCUUGCCCAGAUUCCACAGAAGGUUAUAUGGAGAUUUGAUGGCAAGAAACCAGAUACGUUAGGACCCAAUACUCGGCUCUUUGAGUGGAUCCCACAAAAUGACCUUCUUGGUCACCCAAAAACCAAAGCUUUUAUUACUCAUGGUGGUGGCAAUGGAGUCUAUGAAGCCAUCUACCAUGGGAUUCCUAUGGUGGGACUCCCCAUGUUUGUUGAUCAGCCUGACAACAUUGCUCACAUGGAGGCCAAGGGAGCAGCUAUUGGCCUGGACUUGAACAAAAUGUCAAGUGCAGAUUUUCUCAAUGCAUUGAAGACAGUUAUUAAUGAUCCUUCAUAUAAAGAGAAUAUAAUGAAAUUAUCAAGAAUUCAUCAUGAUCAGCCAAUGAAGCCCCUGGAUCGAGCAGUCUUCUGGAUUGAGUUUGUCAUGCGCCACAAAGGAGCCAAGCACCUCAGGGUUGCUGCCCACGACCUCACCUGGUUCCAGUACCACUCUCUGGAUGUGAUCGGGUUCCUGCUGGCAUGUGCAGCAACUGUGAUAUUCAUCAUCUUAAAAUGUUGUCUUUUUUGUUGCAGGCUGUUUACUAAAAAAGGAAAGAAGGAAAAAAGACAAUAAUUGCAUCUGAGGCCUGAAGCUGGGAUUCUGUAAUAAAUAGAUGGGAUUGUCUCAGGUCAUUCCCUCUAGAAGAGGGUUCAAUGUAAGAUUCUCCUCCUUCAAUGACAAAGCACCUUUGCACAAUUUACCUCCUCAAGUAAAAAUUUGUUUUAGGAACAUUCACUUGUAGGAGAGAUAGAAAUAUUUUGUGCCUAAGAGGAAAAUAAAGUGAAAAAGUAAAAUGA